AUGCUGAGAACAGCCCUCGAAGAGGCGAAGACCGCGAAAAGUCUUUCCGAGGAGGGGCCGGAGCUCCGCUGGUCCCUUAGCUCCCUCGCCAAACGUCUGUCGUGGUGUAGCGAGCAAUUCACAAGCUGCAUUAGGGUGGAAACGCAAGGCGGCGCUUAUGGUUAUGGUGGGCUUGGGGGUGAAGGCUUCCCUCCAGGUCUCAACGGAACUUGUGGACUUGCGGGAACCGUUGUCAGUUCUGGCCUUGACGAUAAGGAUCUGUUGCAGACUGACUCCACUAUCAUUCAUCCUGAUCAAGUCGCCAUGACCCUGCAGCGAAUUGAGCACCUCUAUUACACGGUCCAGCUAGCACCGGCCUCGAAUACCAUCGUUACGCAGCUCGAACGACUGCAAUGGCUAGAUCCUAUCAACAAAGACUUGCCCGUAUGGGCUGCCUAUCAGCGCGACGAGAGCAGUCUAUCCAUUGUGCCCAGCAGUGUUGAUGGGGCAAAGCCUUCAUCGAUCCAGUCCCUCCAGGACGGCAAAAAGAAACUCGACGGUUACUCUGCGCAGCUAGCCUUAUGCUUUGACUUUUACGGCUAUGCCAAGACGUGCUCGCUUUGUGGAACCCUGAAGCUGUACCUUGAAACCUUUGAGAGCGUGAAAGAUGACUAUACCAAGCUUGAGAAAAUCCAUCAGGAGUUUCAGAAUAUGGCCAAGGAUCAGAUAAUGACCGAGAGCCAGGAAGAAGCGGCGCGGGCAGCUGCACAGUCGUCGGUCGACCGAGGCAAUGAGGAAAUUCAGGAGCUGAAGAAGCGUCUCACAAAGUCGCGCAGAAGGAUCGAUGCCCUUCAGAACAUGCUGACACCCCAGGCACGAGCUGUGGACAUGACUAUACAGCAGGCUGAUCAAGCCAUUGUGUCGAAUGUAGGAUCACAAGUGCAUGUUAUCGCUAUUGGCGACAUAAUGAUUCCUUAUUACUGA